GAACCGAGGCAAAAGCUCGACAUGGGAGCUCCAAGCAUCAGGAGCCGUCGCAUCCUCGGCCAGACGGCCAGACAAACGUACGACCACACGAGAGAUGCUGCGGAUUCCAUUACGAGGCGCGCAACCCGUCGCAUCCUCCUUCUUUUUACCUUGGAUGACGCACUGAGGGUCGCCCGCGUAUCUGCUAGAUAUCCGAACCUAUCCUCCGAACAACUUUGCCGCCAUGGCUAGUCGACCGCUCUCCGCUUCCUCCUCCACCUCCGGCUUCUUCCAGGCUCUUCCAGUCCUUCCACCCCAGUAUUCCUCCCCCGGGAGUCUUCCUGCGCAUCUGCAAUCCCAGUACAAGAACGCUACCGACGCAUCCGACGACAAAGUCCUAGCCCGUAUUCUAGAGCUGUACCUCCCCUCCGAUAAUGCCAAUGUCACGCAGCACGUACACCUCCUAGCCCGCGUCUGCUUGGACCCCUCCGUCCUCGUGCACUCCACUGACGCCGAAACCAACCAUCCCGUCCUCCGGCCGCUGACCACUUUCGGUGAAGAAAACAGGAACGACCCGCUAUGGACGACUACAGGAUGGCAGAAGCUGAAGGAGAUUGGGUACCAGGAAGGGGUCAUUGCGGUUGCUUAUGACAAAUCCCAAACUACGUACAACCGCCGGGUCCAUGAAUUUGCGCUGGGGCAUCUGUGGUCUUGCACUGCGACCAUGACCGGCUGCCCGAUGAGCAUGACCGACGGAGCGGCCACGCUGCUGAGCAGACACCUUGGUGAUGAGGACGGCGACCAGCCCGGUCGGAAGAAGGUAUUCGAAGAGGCCUAUCGUAGACUCAUAAGUCGCGACCCAACAACUGCUUGGACGAGCGGGCAGUGGAUGACGGAGCGAACGGGUGGCAGCGACGUAUCCGGCACCGAAACAGUCGCUAUACGCCUCACUUCCGAAGAGCUCGCGGAAGAGGCAAAUGCCGGGAGGGAUGUCGACGCCGUUGGAAUGCCCCUCGGCCCUUGGAAGAUCGACGGCUUCAAGUGGUUUAGCAGCGCUACCGACUCCGAAAUGACUGUCCUCCUUGCCUGCACUGCAAAAGGCGGUCUCUCUGCGUUCUAUGCGCCCAUGCGCCGACGUGUUGGAAGAAGCACGCCAUCUGCUGGUAUCAUCAACGAAGAAGAUCCGCCACGCACGGAGCUCAACGGCAUCCGCAUCCAGCGUCUCAAGAACAAACUGGGCACCAAGUCCCUUCCGACUGCCGAGCUGGAGAUGAAGGGCACCCGCGGCUGGCUCAUUGGCACCGAGGGCCAGGGUGUCAAAGAAAUCUCAGCUAUCCUCAACAUCACGCGUCUGCACACCGCCGCCGGGUCCGCAGCGAACUGGUCGCGCGGCCUAGCCGUUUGCCGCGCCUACACAAAGGUACGGAAGGUGCGCGGCGGCCUGCUCCAAGAUAACCCAGCGCACCUCCGGUGGAUGGCUGAUGAGACGGUCAAGUAUUGCGCCGGCACCCAAUUCGCGUUUUUCAACGUAGCGUUACAGGGAGCUUCGGAGCAGCACUGGGAUAAAAUGGCCGCGAACACGAAAGCCGAAAAGCUGAUUCCGAGGGACAAGACGCAGGUAGCCGCUCUUCUCCGCCUCCUGACUCCCGUAAUGAAGGCCCAAGUCAGCGUGGCUUCGGUCCAUGGCUUGCGGCAGUGUAUGGAGUGCCUCGGUGGAGUCGGAUACUGCGAAAAUAACGAAGACGGCGGCCUGAUGAACAUUGCAAAGAUCUACCGGGAUAACCUCGUGAAUCCCAUCUGGGAAGGCACCGUUAAUGUCAUGGCCGAGGAUGUUGUUCGAGUUCUGGUCGAUAAACGCUUAGGCAAUGGGAAUAUCCUGGAGAACUUUUUCGCGCCUUGGAUUCAGAAUACGCUGAAGAACUGCUCGAGCGAGUUCAGAAGCAAAGUUGCGCUUGUGGAAGAGAGAUACCAGGCGUUGCGCGCGCUCGUAGACGGUAGGCAGAGGGAAGACCUGCUGUACUGUGGACGAGAGAUCUUGGAGCAUAUUGAGGCUAUCGUAUGCGCCUGUUUACUAAUGUACGACGCGUCCGUUAGUCACGAUGCUACUGCGGCCGAAAUCGCAAAGAGAUGGGUACAGUCCAAGGCUCUGUCGCCGAGACCAAAGCCGAGCGGUCGACAAUGGAAGGAUGAGGUGUCUCUGGACCGGAAUAUCUUUUUGGGAAGUCAAAGUCGCCAGCGCCAGGUGUUGGAGAAGCUGUAGAGAAUGUGCGUGACGGAUGCGGACCUGAGUUCGGGCGAUUGAGUUCCGCCUAAUAUGCCAUUACCGCCAGAACGGGACAUAUACAGGGAUAUAUCGGUGCUAUACCU